CUACUAAAAUAAAAAUAAUUAGUAUUAAUUAUCAAGAUGUCGUAAAAUUAUGAUUUAUCGAUAGUCAGUCGCAAGAGGAGGUCAAAAAAUUUAUGAAAAUUUGGAAUUCAUUUCAAUAUUUCUGACAUUUAGAGGUUUAAUCAAGCAAAAUUGAAGUGUUUGAAACGUGUUCACAAGACUGGAGUAUGUAAUAGGCAUAGUAAUAUGGAAUAAUAAUCGAUAUGCAGCCGGGAAUCGGGGUAUUUGGAACUGGAACAACAAUUCGAUGUUUGGUCCCAAUUUUCAAAAGUUGUGGAUUCAAAGUUGAGGCAUUAUGGGGACGCACCAAGGAGUUAGCAGAUGACGUAGCUCGAGAUUUAUCCAUUCCCUUUAGUACAAAUAAAGUGGAUGAGGUACUUUUACAUAAAGAGGUUGAUUUGGUGUUCAUUGCUUGUCCGCCUCAUUUACAAUCGCCCGUUGCUGUUAAAGCGUUAGGAAUAGGCAAACAUGUCAUAUGUGCCCCGCCCGCUGGUCCAGAACAGCUUGAUGCAUUCAAAAUGGUUAAUGCAGCAAGGUACUAUCCUUCACUAAUGUCAAUUAUGUGUCAUGGAUUACGUUUUGUACCAGCAUUUACAAAAAUGAAGAACUUGUUGGAUGAUGGGUAUAUUGGGGAUUUAUAUUUGAUUGAAGCUAGAGUUCACAGUGGAAGUCUCCUAAAGGAGAAAUAUGACUGGACGUGCGAUGAUCUUAUGGGCGGAGGAGUACUGAAUAUCCAUGGCAGUGGCAUUAUUGAUGUCAUCACAUUCCUAACCAAUCAGACUGCAACUCGGGUACAUGGCAUGCUGCGUACGUUCACCAAGCAAACUGAUAAAAUCUGUGGAAUUCGACAAAUAACCAGUGAUGAUUAUUGUACAUUCCAAAUGGAGUUAAAUCGUGGGGCGGCAGCCACGGUCACACUUAACAACCAUGUUCCGGGACAGUAUAGUCAUGAAAUCCUGGUUUGUGGAAGUAAGGGACGUCUCAUAGCACGCGGAGCAGAUUUGUAUGGACAAAAAUCUGACUCAUUGAAAGAAGAGUUAAUACAUAAGGAUGUAUUGAAUAUUCUGGACGAACAAAAAUCUGGAGUCUCUGAAAGCAUUCGAGCGGAUCUUCCGACUCCUUACCUCAAAGGCAUGAUCAAGUUAAUUGACUCUGUGAAGGACGCAUUUAAACUUGUUGAAGAUAAGCAUGGUUGGUCACGUGAUCCAGUUUGCAUCAGUGCAACAUUUGAAGAUGGCCUUUAUGUGCAAGCCGUAGUUGAUGCAGUAAGGAAAUCCACAAAAAGUCACGAGUGGGAAAAAAUCAGACUUAUGACUGAGGAACCUGACCCAAAUCCUAAUCUAUCAGCCGCAAUUCGACGGAGUACUUUUUCUCUAUAUUAUUCAUAAAGAAAUGUAAUUAUUUAUUCAAUGUACAUGUGUGGUUGGUUGAAAUUGCAUGCAUUCCUUCACUUUAAUGUUAAUUCCAUACUGCAAUUAUCAUUUUGAUUAUAAACAUCAGGUUGUCUGUACAUAUCUAAGCAGCAAUUUAAGGUGC